GAAGUGAAUAUUGAAUUUGAAGCACAUUCCAUAUCAGACAAUGACUAUAACGGGAUAAAGAAAUUACUGCAACAGUUGUUUCUAAAAGCUCCUGUUAACACUGCUGAAUUAACUGAUAUAUUAAUACAACAGAAUCAUAUUGGAAGUAUUAUCAAGCAAGCAGAAGUCCAAGAAGACAGCAGCGACGAUGAUGAAGAUGAUGAUGAAGUCUUUGGUUUUAUAAGCUGCUUAAACUUAACGGAAAGGAAGGGUACACAGUGUGCUGAACAAAUCAAAGAGCUGAUUCUAAGUCGGUGUGGGAAGAGCUGUGAACAUCAUGUAGUUGAACAACUGAAUAAGCUCCUAGAUGACAAUACUAAGCCUGUGGGUCUUAUACUAAGUGAAAGAUUCAUUAACGUACCACCACAGAUUGCUCUGCCCAUGCAUCAGCAGCUUCAGAAAGAGUUGACUGAGGCACAGAGAACAAACAAACCUUGUGGAAGGUGCCACUACUAUCUUCUUAUCAGCAAGACUUUUACAGAAGCCACAAAGAGCAACUCUAAGAAGAUGGAAGGGAGAAAUCAGCAAAAGGAGGAAUUAAUGUUUGCAAAUGCAGAGGAAGAAUUCUUUUAUGAGAAAGCCCUUCUGAAGUUCAGCUACUCUGUGCAAGAGGAAAGUGACACCUGUUUGGGCGGCAGAUGGUCCUUUGACGAUGUGCCAAUGAAACCUUGGCGGACUGUUAUGAUAGUUCCAGCUGAUGGAAUUAAUGCAAUUAUGGAUAAACUCAGAGACUAUCUCUCACUCUGAGCUUUCCUAUAAACACCGUUUUUUACAAAGCGGCCACCCAGAACUACGACUUCCCAAUAUUUUCAGAAGACUGCUGUUGGGUUAAUGCUUUUGGACUGCUCAAAUGCUUCGAAGCUCUGUAUGCUUAGAAGACGAGUAGGUGGUACAACUAAAAAUAUCCAUC